UUGUUAGGGUAAUGGUGAAGUGUGGAGUGGUUUUAGCAGCUAUGGUUUGUGGGGUUUUGGUGUAUGGGUCUAGGAGAGCUUUUGCUGUGGAGGGUGUGGUCAAUGCAAGCUAUGGGAUUGUUGACAAGUGCAUAUUAAUGUUCAGAAAUGCUUGGCCGAAGACGCUAUGGCCUUGGAAGGUGCGUGAGUUGGCUGAGAAAGAGCCUGAAAAUGGUGUCUUCAGAUUGCUUCGCAAUGAUGUGACUUGGUUCUUGACAACCAUACUUAUUGGCACAACUGUUGUCAAUAUUGGAGCAACUGCUUUAGUUACAGAGGCUGGAAAAGCGAUAUUUGGUGAAGCUGGUGUUAGUGAAGCAACUGGAGUAAUGACUUUAUGUCUCAUUUUCCCUGCCUGAUACGAUAUAUAGUUGGAGGUUUUAAAGUUUGUUUGUGACAAACUGGGUACUGGUCAGUUUAAGUUUUAGUGGUCCUUAUAUCAUAGAUAUUUUGUAUGAUCAAGCUUCUAAUGUUGAAAAUGCGAAUAACUUGUUCUCUAUCCUAUAUCAGUAAUCUCGUAAAACACAACAAUAA